GGGUUGGGCUUGCAACAAAACCUCCAACCGCUGUUCACCACCGUCCGCCAUGACUUCGCGCAUUAAUAUUGCCCGCCCAGUAUCGGCCAACAUGUCAGAUCCACAUGGAUUUGCCAACAAUCGUCCAUCGUCAGGCUUCAGAGCAGCCAACCCCGACGACCCUUUGGAAAAGCUUCGCGCGUUUGGCACACAGGUCGAGGACGCCGUCGAGAUUUAUGUCCAGCCGCUGAAGCCCCAUCUACCUGCAAUUGGUCGUUUUUUGAUUGUCGUUACUUUCUACGAGGAUGCGCUUAGGAUCAUAACACAGUGGAGCGACCAGCUAUGGUAUCUGCAGAAUUACAGACACUUCUACUGGGGGCUCUCCCACCUUUUCCUUAUCUUUAACGUCCUCACUAUGUUGGUAGCAUCGACCGCGGUCAUCAUGAAGCGCUACACAGAUAAUGCAGUACUCGGCCUUUUGAGUGUUGUAAUCAUUCAGGGUUUCGGUUAUGGGCUCAUUUUCGACCUCAACUUCUUCCUACGCAAUCUCAGCGUCAUCGGUGGUCUAGUCAUGGUAUUCAGUGAAUCAAUGAUCACUAAGAAGAAAAACUUUGCUGGCAUCCCCUCAAUAAGUGAAACCGACCGCAAGAAAUACUUUCUCCUCGCUGGACGCGUGCUUCUUAUUUUCCUCUUCCUCGGUUUCAUCAUCCAAGGGACGUGGAGUAUCGGUCGCGUCUUCGUUUCCCUGUUCGGUUUGGCUGCAUGUAUAAUGGUCGCAGUCGGGUUCAAGGCCAAGUGGUCUGCUACAUUCCUUGUGAUAGUCCUCAGUGUCUUCAAUGUGUUUGUAAACAACUGGUGGAGCGUCCAUCCCGCUCACUCUCAGAGAGAUUUCUUGAAAUACGAUUUCUUCCAAACACUUUCCAUCGUUGGUGGACUAAUACUCCUCGUGAACAUUGGACCUGGUAGUCUGUCGGUGGACGAGAAGAAGAAGACAUACUGAGAUGUGGGUCCCCCGGUUUGCUUGGUGGUAGCACUUGUGAUAUGAAGAUCACACUGUAGAAAGUGAGGGAACAGUGUUGCCGUCAGGGCGAAUGUGUUCGAUCAACUUUGUUGGAAAUAUGCACAACGCACACUUAGUGAAUAUACCACCAAUGAUCGAAUGUUUGA